AUGGCCUCUGAGGCCACGUCCGGCCCUGGCUUCUCGUGGUCAAGCAGGGCCGCUGCCCACCCCAAGCUCAGCCGACUCAGCACCAAACGAAGGUGCGGGUCGCCGCUGCGGGGCUUCCGGGGGAAGGCCCCGCGCCGAGACCCGGGGGGCGUCCUGGGCGCUCCCACCCGCCCCUCCCAGAAGACGGUCUGCGCGGAGGCCCGGCCUCGGCGCCCCUGCCUGCUGGCGCGAAGCCCGGGGGGCGGGGGUCCGUCCUUCCGCAGACCUGGGGGUGGGAGGAGGGCGCGGGGCUUUUUGUGCGGAGCCUACGAAUUCUGGGCCUCCGCACACCGGCCGAGGAAGGAACGGGAGGGGAAACGGUCCCCAGGUUUGGGAACGAGGUCGCCUGCCCAGCGCCCGCCCCCUGCCCCGGAUCCCUCGGGCCCCUCCACGUGGGCUGACGGCGGAGGCGCGUUCAGACCCCAAGCCGAGUCCGGGGCCGCSGGCCGCGCUGGGCCUGGCUCCCCGCUGGGGUGUGGGUGCGGGGCUCUUUCGCCGGGGGAGGGGAAGAGGCGCGAGCGCGCGCUGUGGGACCCGCGGUCGAGCGCCGCGCGAGGCCGCGCCGUGCAUUCCGCGCAUUCCCGCCGGGCCUGGGUUCCGCCGCCACGUGGUGGCCCUGCGCUCCGCGCUUACCGUAAAGCCUGGAGACGGUGCGCACCUCUGCUUCCCAGCGUGAGAGGAGGACCGCCCCGGUACCCACCUGGCUGCGCCGUCCCGCCCCAGUGCAGAACCCGCGCAGGCUCGGGCGUGUAG